GUCUCGCCGUCGUCAUUCUGCCCCUUGCGGCGAACACUUGAGACUUGCGUCGAGUUGCGCUGUAGAGAAUCACGCAGAAGCAACAAGAUGCCGUCAUCCGCUGCGUCAGGCUCGUCGCGGAGGAAGCACGUCACCACCGCCUGCGUGUCGUGCCGAGAGAGCAAAGUCAAGUGUGACGGCGUGUCUCCCACCUGUUCAAAUUGCAAGAACAAGGGCAAAGAGUGCCGGUACCAAGCCGGCGACGACAAGCGAAAGCUUUCUCUGCGAGUCGCCAUUGAACUUCUGUCAGGCCGCAUCGAGCAACUAUGCACUUUCAUCAAUGACAACUCCCUCCAGCCUCCGCCCAUGCCCGAGGAUGAGCAGGUGGCCUUGGUCAAGGUGCUGGGCCAUCUGAAGCUCACUCACACAUAUGCCAGCAAGGAUGCGGCUAACAAACCCUCAUCUAACACCACUAAUUCACCUACUCAAUCGCCCCAUCAAGCAGGCGAGCCUUCACCUGCGGACCAGGAGAAGAAUGACGAGAGCGGAGCAGUACAGCCACUGCCCGUCUCAGGGCCUCUCUCCACAUGGGAAAAGAUGAGCGAAGGCGUGGUUCCUUCUACUAGCCAAACGGCCAAAACAGUUUCGAAUCACGCCGUGGAAUCGGAUGACUUGCAUAUAGUCGGGCAGCCCACUCCCGAAGAUCACAUUUCAUCCAACAUCCCCGCUCCUAAUUGGACCUGGAACAAUGCAGGAGACCCCGGUUUCAACUUCCCGCAAGAGUUCCCGCUUGAUGCAGGCGCAUUUGGAGAUAUGAUGGGCUUUCCAACAACAGAUUCAGAUGCCAUUAAGCACGUCAUUCGGCUUCCCACGGGCCCGGUAAACCCCGACGAGGGCGCGAGCGACACAGAGAGCACCGAGGCACUCGUCGACCAGCUCUCGGAGCGAAUCGGUUCAUUGCAGAUUGGCCCUGGGGGACAGGUUCGCUACUACGGGCCUACGUCAAACUUCAACCUCGUACAGAUGCCCGCGCCGGACAAUCUCACCAUCCACCGCACCAUUCGGAACGAUGGCCAGGAAUAUCUCGAUUGCCUUGGGAUGGGCAAACCAGUGCCGCUUGAAUUAGAGAAACACCUGGUCAACCUGUAUUUUACGUGGCAAGACCCGGCCUUCCACGUCGUGAAUCGAGCCAUGUUCGAAGCAGCGAAGACUACCUGGACGGAUAGCCAGGAAGACACACCGUAUUACUCAGAGGCUCUUCAGAACGCAAUAUGUUCCUUGGGUGCGGCCUUUGAGACUCGCCACCACCCGACAUUCGUGACCUUUCCCAAAUCUUUGUCCGACUUCUUUGCGGACAGGGCAAAAGCGCUGCUGGAGAUUGAGCUUGACAACCCUUGCGUUGCAACAGUGCAGGCCAUGGUUGUGCUAAGCAGCCAUGACAUUGGGUGCAAGAGGGACGCUCGGGGUUGGCUUUAUAGCGGAAUGGCCAUGCGCUUAGCUUUUGACCUGGCCCUCCAUGUCGAUCUUACACCAUACGUCGCCAAGAAAUCUCUCACUCAAGCCGAGGCCAAUCUACGGCGAGAUGUAUUCUGGGGCGCAUACACAGUCGAUCACAUGUGGAGCUUCUAUCUUGGACGCCCGUUCCGGAUCAACAUGGAAGAUGUAACCGUCUCAAAACCUUGCGGGGACACGCGCCCCGAGUCCGCUGGCCAGUGGAUUCCCUAUUCGUCCCCUCGCUCGUUUGAAGAGCACACUCCGUUGCCAGACUAUACAAAUGAAUUACACAGGCAACGAGUCCUGUUGGGCGAAAUUAUGGCCCCGCUGGGCUACGCCCUAUAUGGGAAUAUGAGGAUUUCUUCCAGUUCGCUUCAGGAAAUGAAUGUCGUAACUGUUGAGGCGCUUCUCAACUGGCAAGCGAACCUGCCGUCGGUACUCCAGAUUGAUCUGGACGACCGUGAGACACAAUACUUACCACACGUCAUCUUGCUUCACAUGCAAUAUCACCAAAACAUCAUCCACGCUCACCGGCCCUGGAUGUCUAGGACAUACACUCAACCAAGCCCCCCGCAGGGCCCAGGGUCGUCGCACGCCCGAAUGAUGUGUAUAGAAUCGGCUUACGCAAUUGCAAAGCUCCUUCAGAUCUACGAAAUACAAUACGCGCUCCGUAGAAUGAACAUUCAGGGCGUCGGAAUCGUCUGCUCGGCGGCUUUGCUCCUGAUCUUUGCCAAUGUCACCAGCUUCAAGCGAUACACACAUACCGAUGUCGGGCUGCACCUCAGCGCCUGUUUCAGGGCUCUCGACGAAUUUGGCUCCACAUGGGAGAGCUCCAAGAGGGCCAAGGACUUUCUCGUCUUAUUGCAGCGACAGUGGGAGCUCCGAGGCCGGUCUGCUCGAGGCCGGAGGCCAUCGCCUCCAGACUCACAAGACUACCCGUUGUCAAGAAAACGCACGCGGUCGUCGAUUGACGAAAGUCGUACCAGAGGACAAGAUCACCAGGAUAUGUCGCCGCCACCGCCGCCACAACCUGGAUUUCUCGCCCCAACCGGGCCGGUAGAUAUUGACAUUGGCAUUGACUUGGACUGGAUCUUUACUGGAGACACAUACUCCCUGCCUUGAGCUCUUACAGGCUCUCUAAGACGGUGUAGUUGGGUUGGGACUUGUCUAUCCUGCGUCGCUUUUUAGCAUGUUGCGCUCCAAGACAGCAUGUAUGAUACGAAAUCGUAUGGGUUCGGUUUUCUGGCGAACAGGGCCACACUCUAUCGAUAGUGGAAGGCACCGGGAACAUGGGAAUGGGAUUUAAGACGACUGGCUUAUGACUGCAAUUGAUGCUGAACGUUC